AUGCCGGAGGCCUUGAUCCUAGAUUGCGUUUCUCCAUCUCGUGUUUAUCUGCUUAAACGGUCAACUCAGAUCCAUGGCACAUGGGCUGCUUAUUUCCUGCUGGGAAAGAUAGCGGCCAGAUUGUGCUGCUGCCGCUGUGGCUCAACCUGGUAUGCUACCCAAUACGGUCCCUACACGGUAACCAAGCCGGAAGACUACCCAGGCGAGAGUGAUUCCAUCCAUGCCCCACAAUUAGCUGUAUACUCCUGCUAUCUGGCAAAGGGAGGCGCAAACGAUUUCGCUUCAUUUGAUUGUGCCCCAGUCGGGAUAUGGUGCGGAUGGGGAAAAUCACACCACAAAGACCCCGACUUUGAAAGGAAUAAGGAAAUCGGCCGUGGAAUUCCGCCCAGGGAAUUUCCGCCCAGAGACGGGGAGGGACGGGGAGGAGCGCCCUCUGCGCAAGAGUUACCCGAAACCUCGGAAUCCCAGAAGGGAGGCAAACAGGAGAAAUUGAAUAUGACAGCAAUUGUCCUAAAGAGCUAG